AUGUCAGCUCUUAGAACUGUAGGAAUGACCAGUCGGUUCCCUCUCAUGAUUGGCGGUGCCAUUUUUGUUCACUGGGGAAAGCAACGGUGCCCAGACAAUGACACUGAAUUAGUUUACUCAGGAUGGCUUAAGUUCAGGGCCGUCGCCAGGCCUCUGGAAAAGGGGGAGGGGUUCGGGGAAGGAUAUCUAGGCGGAUCAGAGUAUAAAACUCCCGGGGCUACCGUUACCACUGUUUGUCUCUCCCCAGACCCAAUAUUUGGUAGUAGGAAUCCUGUUCAUCUCUCUAAUAAUAUGCAUGGAUCAGAAAUAGACACCGACUUCUUUGGACCCGGGACUGGUACGCAAGACAAUACUUGUGCAGUGUGCAAAAGUAGACUCCAUACCACAUCUGUCAUGAUACCAGGAAGAAAUGAGUGUUAUCAGGGAUGGAAGAAACAAUAUAGUGGAUAUCUGAUGUCAAGUCCCGUUGGUAAUUACUCUCCCAAGGAUAGUAUUUGUUUGAACGAGCAUCCGGAAUUCGUUGUGGGGGGAGGUGUCAACAGCAAUGGUAAUCUCCUGUAUCCAAUCAAAGCAGUUUGUGGUUCUCUAGAGUGUCCACCAUAUGUAGAUGGAAAGCUGAUAACAUGUGUCGUUUGUACACAAUAA